GCUCAGCACACUCUAUCAGCAGCACAGCCAAGUUCUACUGCUGCUCCAGCUCAGUCUUCCAGCAUCAGCACAGAGAGGAGGUCGAGGGUGUAGAGAAGGACCUUCUCAGAUCAGGAAGUUUUGGGGUCACCCUGUCCAGCCGUGCUCCGCUAAUUCUUAGAGAGGAGGCGAGAGGUAACGCCAGCGUCCACAAGACAGCAGCCAUGACCAAAAGCAACGGGGAGAACCCACGCUCGCGCAGCCGGGUGCAGCGAAUCCGCGAAGGGAUCCACUUGCGUUCUCUGAAGGCAAAGAAGAAAGUGGAGGACAUCACCAAGGACGAUGUGAAGACCUUCCUGAAGAGGAAUGCUUUUGUGCUGUUCACCAUUGGAGCAGUCGUUAUUGGCAUCAUGCUGGGAUUUGCGCUGCGGCCGUACCGGAUGUCCUACAGAGAGGUGAAGUACUUUUCCUUCCCCGGAGAGCUGCUGAUGCGCAUGCUACAGAUGCUGGUGCUGCCCCUGCUGGUGUCCAGUCUGAUCACAGGUAUGGCAGCACUUGACAGCCGCGCUUCAGGGAAGAUGGGCAUGCGAGCUGUGAUUUACUACAUGACCACCACGUUCAUCGCUGUGUUUAUCGGCAUCAUCAUGGUCCUCAUCAUCCACCCAGGCAAAGGCUCCAAGGAAGAGUUCACACAGCAGCAGAAGAUUGAGCAAGUCAGUCCAGCCGAUGCCUUCCUGGACCUAAUCAGAAACAUGUUUCCUCCCAACCUGGUUCAAGCUUGCACGCAGCAGUUCAAGACACAGUACGGCAAGAGGGUCAUCAAUGUGAAGGUGAUAGUGAAUGAAAGCAUUUUUAACCUGACCAACGCCACUCAGGAGAUUACCCGCGAAGAGAUAAUACCAAUCUCUGGCACCACCAGUGGUGUCAAUGCCCUGGGGCUGGUAGUGUUCUCCAUGUGCUUUGGCCUGAUCAUUGGAAAUAUGAAAGAGGAGGGCCAAGCCCUCAGGGACUUCUUUGACUCCCUCAAUGAGGCCAUCAUGCGCUUGGUUGCUAUCAUCAUGUGGUAUGCACCCAUUGGUAUCCUCUUCUUGAUCGCUGGCAAAAUCGUGGAGAUGGAUGAUAUCACUGAAAUGGGAGGUCAGCUAGGCAUGUACACUGUGACGGUCAUCAUAGGCCUCCUCAUCCAUGGCAUGGUUGUUCUACCCACCCUGUAUUUUGUCCUCACAAGAAAGAACCCUUUUAUCUUCAUCACUGGUUUACUGCAGGCCCUCAUCACCGCCCUGGGCACAUCAUCCAGUUCAGCCACGCUGCCCAUCACGUUCAAGUGCUUAGAAGAGAACAACAAGGUUGAUAAGAGGGUGACCCGGUUUGUGUUGCCGGUGGGCGCUACCAUCAACAUGGACGGAACAGCACUGUAUGAGGCACUGGCAGCUAUCUUUAUCGCCCAGGUUAACAACAUGGACAUGAACUUCGGGCAAAUCAUAACCAUUAGCAUCACUGCCACUGCUGCCAGUAUCGGAGCAGCUGGAAUCCCCCAGGCUGGUCUGGUCACCAUGGUGAUUGUGCUGACCUCUGUAGGACUCCCCACUGAUGAUAUAACCCUCAUCAUUGCAGUCGAUUGGUUCCUGGACCGGUUGCGCACAACGACCAACGUCCUGGGAGAUUCAAUAGGAGCGGGCAUCAUAGAGUUCCUGUCAAAAGACGAGCUGCAGAACGGCGAUGUGGAGAUGGGAAACUCUGUAGUAGAGGAGAACGAAGUGAAGAAGCCUUACCAGAUGAUCCCUCAAGAGAACGAGUACGAGAACGAGAAACCUCCAGACAGCGAAACCAAGAUGUAG